CCAGUUUCAAAAGAAAUCUCCCGCUAAAUGAUAAAGCAACAAGUGAGCGAGCCAAAGCUACAGGUGAUUUUACUCAGGCUCCUGAGGCGCUACCCGAACGGGGUCUUUUCUCUGCACACUAACAGAAACGACCCUGACUGCGAACACGUGUCUGACUGCAACAUGUUUUAUAAAAGUGACGCCACUGUGUACUGAAGUGAUGAUUCGUGUCAUGUAACAUUAAUGUUGACGCCGCUUUAACCUUGGGGACAUGCAGCACCCUGAUUGGCUGUUUUACAGACGCGCGCAGACAUGAGCUAUGAGGUGUGCACGUUCUGCGGGAAAAGUUACAAAAGGCUCAAAACUCACCUGCAUCAUUGCAAGGCGGCAGCGAGCUGGAGAACUCGAACCAAACAUGACGUCAAGGUGAAUCAGACGUCAUCCUCUCAGCCUGCCACAGCCUCGACCGAACGAUCAGCGAAGUGGGAAGUGUCCACACAGACUCUGUCCGUGACUGCAGGUGCACAGUCAAAGAAGAGUAAAAAGAUGUCUGAAGCAUUGUCCCUGAGCUCUGAGUCACUUCCGUCAUCAACAAAGAAGAAACAGAAGCUGUCGGAACAAAUCAAGACAGCCAACGUGCCCUCCUCUACCACCGUGUCCCUCAUCCACACCCCACCGCUGUCUCCCACAGCUUCUGUGCCCAAAAGGAAGAGUCUCCGUGCUUUGAUAGAAGCUGCAAAGUCCAAACAGGUUUCUAAUGGAUCACUGGAGGAAACCAAACCUCCCUCAGUGGACCUGCCUUCAGGUUCAGCUCCAUUUGUGGAAGAUCUUCUAAGCUCCAGAACCACAGCGCAGACAGAGACCAGAACUCAUCCCGACAAAGACCAAAGUGCCUCUAAAACGAAGGCGUCAAAAACGAAGAAGGCUGCACAGUCCCUUUCCAAAACCAAAACCAAAGAUACCUCUAGUUCUCCUCCACCUCCAGCAAAUGAAAGUAGUGCAGAACCGUGUUUAAGAGACGACCUCUGGGUGGACAACGAGGGGGAGAUUGUGGAUUUGAAUGUGAAUAAGAUGCCUCUUAAAAUCAGGAAUGCCCAGGCCAGGAUUACUCUCAAGGUGAUGGUGAAAGCGGACGUUAGACCAGUAAGCACCAUCCAGUCGGUUCAGCAGCCGAGCACCUGAGCCAGAUCAAACGCGGAUGAUCUAACCGCAAACCAAUCAGACCUGCGUACAAGUUCUCAGUCCAGCUUUCCACUUCCCAACGGGGGACUCGAGAAGAUGUUGAUAGGCAAAUCUGUGUCAGACCAGCCUCCCAGCACCAGUUCACAACAUAAAGAGCUACAAUCUGUUAAGAGAAAAAGUUCAAAGUCCAGAAAAAUACCUUUAAUCUCCCUGCAACAUGAUGAUUCCCCUCAGCCUGAACUAACCUCCCUUACAGCUCCACUCCUUUCUGGCCACCUAUCAGCUCAGGUGAGCCAAGCCAAGUCCCUUCCACAUACAGCCAGCAUGAAAGAGGGGCUGAAGCUGGGCCACCACGUGACAGGACUCCCCACAGUAUCACCACCACUCGCCCAGAUUGCAAGCCCCCGUCUUUCCCCUCGUGCACCACAAACUCUGCCGACGAUGGUGGAGACAUUGAGAGCUGAUAAUGGGUUGACAGUGGAGAAGUUGCAGCUCGGGGUCAGAAAACCAAAUACUGCUGAUAAUGGGACUGAAGUUGCUCUGACACAGCGAAGUCUCGGACAGGUGAGACUGAGGGAGUUUCCCAAGUGGUUGGCCUACAAAGCUCCGAGCCGUCCAAGAGAUGUAGUGAGCAUGGUGCAAGGAGGCUGGCAGUGGUAUUACAAGAAGUAUAUUGAUGUGAAGAAAGGCGGUGUAGGUGGGCUGAGCAUGUUGUUAGCAGGAUACUGCGUGCUCAGCUACAUCUGGAGUUACCCUCACAUAAAGCGUGAUCGCUGGAGGAGGUACCACUAAGACAGAGGGAAGAUGUUUGGACAAGCGAGACUCUGUAUGAGGAAACAGCAGCUGUGACAGAGGGAGGGGUUCGGGACUCUUAAGUAUUUAUUCUGUUAAUAAUAUAUAAUGAAUCCAGAUCCAAAUAUUUCCACUGGAGGUUUGUCUGAGAAACUGGUUUCUGGUCAAUAUGUGCAGUCUCCUUGUCAACAGUUCAAAAGAAAAAGGUCAAUAUUUUGGAAAUGCGGCGAUCAAGACAAAUCUCAUAAAUAUUAAGCUGCUUUGCUUAGUUAGCAUAGCAUGAAGACUAAAAACAUGGAAACAGCUAUACUGGCUGUGUCAAAUGUUAACAAAACCCACCUACCGGCACCUAAAGCACUAAUUAACACCUUAUAUCUUGUUUGUUUAAUCCGUACAAAAAUCGAGGUGUAAAAAACAUCAAUUUGCCAUUUUACUGGUGUUGUAUGGUGCCAAGGAGAAUAUCUUGGCUUAUGUGAAAGUCCAGGAAGUUGCUGGUUGUGUUAGCCCCAAAAAAUGUUAAAAAUGUUAAUUAAACAAACAAAAUAUAAGGAGUAUGUUUUGGCUUUGAGUAGUUGCCCGACAACCAGCAGAAGUUGCUGGUUGGGUUAGCCCCAUGAAGAAAUGUUAAAAAUGUUAAUUCAACUUAAAAUAAACAGUUAAUAAGUUAACUUUAAAGGUGCCGGUAGGUCGCUUUUGUUACCAGUUCUGGCUGAGCUAACCAGCUGCUGGAUAUUGCCUCGUAUUUAGUGGAGAGAUAAGAGCACGGUUUCAAUUAUUUCAUUUAAUAUAUAUAUUUCUGGCAUAUAUAAGGUGCCAGAAAAAAAUAAGCCAAUAUCCUGAAAUGUUGAACUAUGCCUUUAACAACUGGAAGAGUUGUGAUUCUGAAACCAGUAGCUUCAUUCUUGACUGAUUUGCACUUGUAUAGGACAUCUAAAAUGAAAUACUGCACUGUAAUGACCUUGUUUUAUUUCAGAUUAUUUAUUUACUUAUCUAUGUUUAUGUUAUUAGGUCUGUUAGUAUCUUAUUUUUUUUUAGGAAUGAAAAAUGCUCACAAGAGAACUACUAAUAAUUACUCUUUAUUGGGCCACUGUGUGUCUCAAGGGCUCCACUAGGUGUCAUUGUUGAGUUGUGUUACCAAAACCAACGGGGCUGGGCAGUCAAAUGUUUGCUAUGCAGAGUUUUCUUAGCUCCUUUGUGCAGAGGCAUUGGUGCUGGGGCUCCAUGAGAGGAUUAAAGGGAAUCAACAGAUUUUUAACUUGAUAAAAUCUUACUGUGGCAGCCCAGAAACAUGAAAUUCAAAACUAUCCUGAUAUUAGUAUGUAAAGCUCGUAUACGUGUAGCAGAGGGUCGCAAAUCAUGUUUUUUCUUUUGCAAAACGCUUCCCCCCCCCCCCCCCGUCACAUGAUGUUAUUAUGCAUGCUUAGUCCGUCAGUGCCAGUUUGUGAACACUCUCAGAAUAGUAAUGGAGGGACGCUGAAGGAGGUUCUCAGCUGGACUGGACCAGUUUGUUAUUGUAUUCAAAAUGAAUUUAUUGUUGACUCUCCUCGCUGCUGUAGUGAACACACAUUAGCUACAUAUGAAGAAAUGACAGUAUGUUUUGUAAUGUUUUGUUUUUUUUUCCUGACGCCGCUUCUUAGCCAACACAAUAAAAAAUAAUUU